AUGCCUCCAGAAUUAUCUACUUCACUUGCUUGCCAACCUCUCCAGAUCCGUCCUGUCUCGUCGAGACCAACAGCUAAUUCUUCUGGCAGCCAUAAACAUAGGCAGCUGAAAAAAAUGCAAAUCAAUCUCACAAGUAAGAGAUUCUUUCACAUACUUCUUUUUAUACUUGCUUGCAUGUCCAUCUUUAGGCUUCUAAAGUUUGCCAUCACCACAUUUUCUUCUUCACCACAAUAUGGGUGGGGAGAUUUUGUAAAGACCUGCAAUUACUCAGAGUCAAGCUGCAGGGGAGUUUCCUCUCAUAUGAAGGCUUCAUCUUCUCCAAAUAGCAAGCCGAUUACAAAAAAGGAAAACCAGUUUCUAUCAAAGAUCAUCACUCAGAGAGCACCCUGCAACCUUCUAAUCUUUGGAUGGGAACCCCAAUACCGUCGCUUGGUAAAGAUUAACACUGCAGGAACGACUGUUAUUCUUGAGGACACCCCUGAAAGAAUAAAACGUAUCAGAAGAUCAAACAGCACCCGAAUAUACAAGGUCGAUUAUGAUGUAACAGCUAAAGAAGCAUACAAAUUGCUAAAACAUGCAAGAGAGGAAGUUGCUUGUGCUCCUCAUUCGAGACCCCUAGAAACAUCAAUUUGCAAGUUGGCAUUAGCAAACUUGCCAAAUGAGGUAUAUACAACCAAAUGGGAUGUGAUACUUGUUGAUGGUCCAAGUAGUGAUGGACCAGAAGCGCCUGGAAGGAUGACAGCCAUCUACACAUCAAGCUUGAUAGCUAGAGCUGGAAAUAUAACAACAAAUGUACUGAUACACGACGUAGAUCGGGCGAUAGAGAAAUGGUUCUCAAGGGAGUUCCUGUGUGAAGAAAAUAUAGUCUCAUCAAAAGGGAGAUACUGGAAUUUCAGGAUUAAAGGUGGUCAACAAUCGCACUCUGCCAGCUUUUGUUCUCAAGGAUCACGAUAA